AAACAACUCAUCUAUAUAAUUACAAUCCACUACAGUUGGAGCAUAUGUCUGGUGCACCAAGAUACAAUGGAACUGUAUAAGUAUAAAAAUUUGAUACUUUGUUAUCCUCGGGAUAUUUUCUUUGAGUACUGAUAUUGUUUACCGAUUAGAUUCUGACUGAAUACUACGUGGCCCAGUUGAAAUUUGUCUGAUCCUGGGACACAGGGAGUUGAUAACGUAGUACUACAAUCAUAAACCUUGGCAAAGUCGCUAAAUCAUCACAGCACAGUGAAAGCUCGCAAGCUAAUGGCAUACUCAGCGACUCUGCCGUUGCAUCAACCCAUACUCUCGUCUUCUUCUCCAUUGCGGUCACCCUUCUGUGGAUUCUUUAAUGGCGUCGUGGUACCGAGCAAACAGCUAGCAAAUACUAUGUCGCAUUCAUCGAACAGGAAUUUUCACAAGAACAGAUCUCUCAACGGUUCUUUAACUGUAAAUUCUCAUUCGAAUGGCUCGCCUGUGGUUUCUCCUGAUGAUCACUGGGGUUUGUGGGCUUCCCUUUUCGCUACCGGCACUUUUGGUCUCUGGUCAGAGAAGACGAAGAUUGGCAGCAUGGUUAGUGCUGCACUAGUAAGUAUUCUAGUGGGGCUUGCUGCCAGUAAUCUGGGAAUUAUUCCACAUGAUGCACCGGCGUAUUCUGUCGUUUUUAAGUAUCUACUGCCGGUAACUAUACCGUUGCUGCUAUUUAGAGCUGAUUUAAAGCAAGUCAUACGGACAACAGGGACUUUGUUCUUGGCUUUCUUGCUAGGAUCAGUAGCAACAGUUGUUGGGACAACAGUGGCGUUUCUCAUCGUGCCCAUGCGGUCCCUUGGUCAGGACAACUGGAAAAUAGCUGCUGCUCUAAUGGGUAGUUAUAUUGGAGGAGCAAUCAAUUAUGUUGCUAUAUCUGAGGCACUUGGUGUUUCUCCAUCAGUUAUUGCUGCUGGUGUAGCAGCAGACAACGUCAUAUGUGCUGUAUAUUUUCUUCUCUUGUUUGCGUUAGCCUCCAAAAUACCUGCAGAGGCUGCGAAACCAACUAAUGCUGAUUCUUCAGGUCAAGUAACCAACGAAAGCAAACUUUCUGUACUCCAAAUGGCUACAGCACUUGCUGUUUCCUUUGCUGUCUGCAAAGUUGGCACUUCUCUCUCCAAUUCUCUUGGAAUCCAAGGAGGUGAACUUCCUGCUGUUACAGCAAUUGUGGUAUUUUUAGCAACUUUGCUUCCGAGUUACUUCCGCCACCUGGCACCUGCUGGUGAUGCUUUCGCUAUAGUACUAAUGCAGGUUUUUUUUUCUGUCCUGGGCGCUAGUGGGAACCUGUGGAGCGUGAUCAACACAGCACCGGGCAUUUUCUUGUUUGCCUUUAUUCAAGUGACUGUUCAUCUUGCUGUGAUACUUGGACUAGGAAAGUUAUUUCAGAUUGAUCAGAAACUAAUACUACUGGCAUCAAAUGCUAACAUUGGAGGUCCAACAACAGCUGGUGGAAUGGCCACAGCAAAAGGAUGGGGCACCCUAGUUGUGCCCGGCAUUCUUGUAGGGAUAUUUGGAAUAUCAAUUGCAACAUUUCUGGGCAUCGGAUUUGGAAUGCUAGUUCUUAGAUACAUGUAAUAAGACCAACAUCCAUGUACGCAAAUAUUUGGCUAUUAAUCAUGAAAUGCUUUCAUUCGUUUCAUCAACAGGCAAUCUCUGUCUAAUUUUCU